GCAUUCGCGUUCGAGUUCGCGUUUAGUUCACUUGUUAAACUUAACUCUGAGACUACAUGGGACGUCCGCGCACCAUUGACGUAACCAACUUGGUGGUAAUAUUCCCCGAUAAGAACUUCUGCCGCUGCGUGCUUUGCGAUAGGACCCUCGCUGGCUGUUUGCGGAGCAACAUCAAGCGGCAUUACCAGCGGCUGCAUCCGGAAGUCGUUUUGCCACAACCCCAAGGCACAGGAAAAACGAAUAACUCAGUUACAGUUACAGCGAUAACAAGGAUGGGACGAACACCGAUUAUGGACACGCGAACACUGGUUAAUUUGCAGCCGGAUGGAAAGCGCUGCCGUUGCCGGAUCUGCGACAAGACACUCAUUUACCUCUCCGGUAAUGUGCGGCGUCACUACAAGAACUUUCACCCCCAGCACAUACCGGAUCGGCCGCCGCGCAAUCCUCCAGUCGAGAAUAGGAAGCACUUGAAUCGCAGUCGAAACAAAUCGGAUCUAACUAUAGAACCUGCCUCGAUAAUGACCACCACCAUGGAAACGGGCGACGAAUAUGAGGACGCCUCUAGCAGCAGGCUCUCCAGUCAACAGUUCGAGAGCAUCUUCAUUGGGAAGUCGGAGGUACCAGAUAUAGUGGAUGUAGAUCAGUCAGACGACCAACUGAUCGAUGACGAUGAGGUGCGCUACUCACAGUCACUAAACCAGUCACAGCCGCCCGUUGCAGCGACCUUGACGAUGACCAGCUCACCUUCUGCUCAAGCGACUUCCUCUUUAGCUCUCGGACCGUCCACGACCCUCUCUGGGGACGACGCUUUCUUUCUUCAAUAUCUGGGUAACAAGUUUGGGAAUUAUUCCACUCGCACCAAGCACACAGUUCAGUUCCAAAUCAAUCGCAUCUUGUACAGGGCCGAUAUGGGCUGCUUCGAGGAAGGCGAAUCGAGAAAGUUAAAUGUAUCAGAAAUUGUCUAGAACUAAGCUAAAUAUACCGUUGUAAGUGUUGUAAACAAUUUGAUUGAUAUAUAUGUAAAUUCAUUUGUUUUAAAA